AUGUCAACACGUCGAAAGCAUUUGGGAUCAGCAGUGUUUGAUGGUCACUUGUAUGCAGUAGGAGGGCGAGAUGAUUCAUGCGAACUGAGUUCAGCUGAAAAAUACAAUCCUCUCACUAACGAAUGGACUGCGGUGGUUGCCAUGAACAACAGAAGAUCUGGUGUGGGAUUGGCUGUUGUUAAUGAGAGGUUAUAUGCUGUGGGCGGAUUUGAUGGCACUACCUACCUCAAAACCGCUGAAGUUUUUGAUCCUGAGGCAAAUCAGUGGAGGCAUCACGGUUGCAUGAACUAUCGGAGACUUGGAGGAGGUGUGGGUGUUAUUCGGAUGCCAUAUCAGUUCCAGCAGCAACAACCGGGAUUUGAUGGUGGAAAUUCAACACCCUUCCCGCGCCCCCACUUCCCUACGGACAUCGGAUAA